AAAACGUGUUCCUACGUGUCGAUUCUUGUGUAAAGAAUUUACUACAAUGCGUACAUCGCGUACAAUAAUUUUUGUAUGUGUGUACGCUAUACUACACGAGAAUACGGGAAGAAGAGAAUGAAUGUAUAGUUGGAAUAAGCGGGAGUAAACUUGUAUACUAGACUGUGGUUGUUGGAGUACGUAAGACCUUGAGUAUUUUUUUGGACGCGGUCUAGGCGUUCUUUAUUUCUUUUUUAGUUUACGUUAAUUUUUUAAAUUUACCAAUGGAUCGCUUUUGACAAUUAUGAGCCUCUUGAAUUCAAUCCAACCACCGCCAGCUGGUCCGUUGAAUCAAGCUGGCUCUUCUUCAUGGAAAAGAAAAGGAUCAGAUGAUGAAAACGAAGAUCAUGAAUCUAAUGUUAAAAAACCAAGAUAUUCUUGGUACGUAACAUUGGAGAGUGAAUCACCACUAGGAACUGAUGACAGCGAUACUGAGUCUAUGUACAGUGUGCAAGAUCAAGAGACUGAGUAUGCUAGAGAUACUUCAGAUACUUCAACAACAUGGAUCAGUACUUCGAAUGACAACGCAAACAUUGCAGUUGAAGUUGAGUUCGAAUUGGCUGCAUCUGAAUCUGAGUCUGAUAAUCCAUAUUACGAUCGAAUAUCAUCAUCUGAUCCAGAGGACGUUUCUGCAGUCGAAGUAAUGUUAUCUCGGAAUAGCUUAAGUAGUUCAAAUUUUGAUUAUUCUGAAGAAACUGACGAAUCAAUAGCGUCAGUAGACAGUGACUUUGGGCGUCUUUAUUUCUAUAGAUGCAUACAGUGUCGUGAGGAGAAAGCAAAUCCUCAGUUUACGCACUGCGAAAAAUGUUUCCAACUCAAAAAAAAUUUCUUUCCACCACGACCGAAACGGAAACGACGUAAGAAAAAUUUUGAUAAUAAAAGUAAUGAAGAGAGUGAGUCAUCAUCAGCGGCAACGACGUCUAAUUCACAAUCUCUGACGCACCUUGACUCGGGUCUGGGAUUGAGUCAAACAGAUUCAGCUAAUGGUAGUCAAAGUCAAUGUGAUUUGGCAAAUUGUAGUCAGGGUCAUUACGACUCGGCGAUUGGUAGCCAAAGUCAAAGUGAUUCGGUAAUUGACAGCCAGCAGUCAUUGGUAUCAGAAGUUAAUAACGACAAUUUAACAUCAUCAGACUCAUUGUUUAAUGUUGAUAAUAUUGAUUACAAUAAAGCCUCGACUUCUGUCUCACUUGAUGUCUGCUUGCCGCUAAGUGGCGGGAAAAAUAAUUGCAAUGAGAUCAAUAUCAAUGAUCACAUUAAAAAAAACGAUAAGUCUGAUGAUAGCGACACUAAACAGUGUCUCGUUUGUACAGUUAAACCAAAAGACGGUGCUUUUGUUCACGGUAAAAUAUUACAUAUAUUUAGCUGUUAUACUUGUGCGAUUCAAAUUUGGAAACGUACAAAACGUUGUCCGAUUUGUCAGCGUAAAGUUAAAAAUGUGUCUAAGCUCAUUUUUUCAUGAUAAAUAAAAUCCAUUGGAAGCUGAACCAUCAAGCAAAAAAAAAGAAAAUUAAUUUAAACAACAAGAUCUAUUGAAAUAAUUUUUUUUUGUAAUAUUUUUGUAACUAACCACCAUCUUUUUAAAAUAAUUAAUACAAAAAAAAAUGUCCAGAUAUGUAAAAAAAAAUUUUUUUAUGUAUUCAAAUGUAACCUUCACAGAAUCCUCGAAUAAGAAAGAAAAUGAAUCUAUUUUUGGACUUCUCAGAAGGUAAAGGACCAAAGGGCCGCUCGCAGAUGCGGGUGGUCGGUGAGGUUUCGAUUAAAUCUUGACUAAUGGUCAAGAUUUUCCAACUGGUCCAGAGUAGAGGGUACGGUAAAAAAAAUCGCUAGUCUCUAGAUGGUUUAGUUUGAAGGCUUUAAAAAAAUUUAAUAAGCCUGUAGUAUCCCGCCACGUGUUGAACAAACAGCGUCUUCACCGGCCGGCUUUUGAAUUACUUUUAGUACAAGUAAUUACCAUGUAGUCGUGCUGUCUGCGUCUGAUUUUCCGAGUGUUAGCAUGUGUAGGAAAAUAUUAUACAGCAAGAACAGCUGAAAUUAAAAUCAUAAUCGUAUAUAUUUACACCAUUGCUGUUGCUAUUGAUCAUCCAGACCCGGACCCCGGAGCUAUACCCGAACCCGGACGCUGUGUUGUGUACGCGGCGUUUUCUGUUAAAAACCGUGAAAUUGUUUAUUUAUUAAAAUGGCGGUAAUAACGGAUAAUGAAGAGUACAUACGUUAUUCAAUACUUGCUGUUAUUUGGAUACUUUAUUUCUGGGAACUUUAUUUGAGUUUGCGUCAG